UAGGAGACUGCUGGUUGGCCCGCGUGGAUCACAGGGCGCCGGGCAGAAGGCGGCGCGUGCGGGUGCGACGUCAACGCAGCCCGUGAGCUACCGCGACCUGUGUACGGCGGCGGGGCCGCGGCUGAGCCCUACGAGGCCGCGUCGGACGGUUUGCCGAGUACAUUUUCGGCCGCCAUGGACAACUCUGGGAAGGAAGCGGAAGCUAUGGCGCUGCUGGCCGAGGCGGAGCGCAAAGUGAAGAACUCGCAGUCCUUCUUCUCGGGCCUCUUUGGAGGCUCAUCCAAAAUAGAGGAAGCAUGCGAAAUCUACACCAGAGCAGCAAACAUGUUCAAAAUGGCCAAAAAGUGGAGUGCUGCUGGAAACGCUUUCUGCCAGGCAGCCCAGUUGCACCUGCAGCUCCAGAGCAAGCAUGAUGCAGCCACCUGCUUUGUGGAUGCUGGUAACGCGUUCAAGAAAGCCGACCCCCAAGAGGCCAUUAACUGUUUGAUGAGAGCAAUUGAGAUCUACACUGACAUGGGCCGAUUCACUAUCGCCGCCAAGCACCACAUCUCCAUCGCUGAGAUCUAUGAGACGGAGCUGGUGGACAUCGAGAAGGCCAUUGCCCACUAUGAGCAGUCAGCGGAUUACUACAAAGGAGAGGAGUCCAACAGCUCAGCCAACAAGUGUCUGCUGAAGGUGGCUGGUUAUGCUGCACAGCUGGAGCAGUAUCAGAAGGCCAUUGACAUCUAUGAACAGGUGGGGACCAAUGCCAUGGACAGCCCCCUCCUCAAGUACAGCGCCAAAGACCACUUCUUCAAGGCGGCCCUCUGCCACUUUUGCAUCGACAUGCUCAAUGCCAAGCUCGCUGUCCAGAAAUACGAGGAGCUGUUCCCUGCAUUCUCCGAUUCCCGGGAGUGUGCGCUGAUGAAAGUGAGUCCUGGCUGCUCGGCCGCGCCUUUCCCUGCCGCUCUUUGUUUCUGGGCCCGGAGAGGGUGCUGGGAGACGGAGAAAUCUGGAGGCUUGGGCUACGGUUACCAUAGUCAUUGAGAUUUGUGAUUCUUA